AUGCCGGCCACCAAGAUGGCUGCGCUUGGGAUUGACGUGGAAGAUGAGAGUAUUCUUGCUUCUAUUUUCAGGGACUCUUUUCCGGAGAAUUGGAGAGAGAACCCCGAUUUCACGUUGUACCUGUCCGAACUCAGCUCGUACGGAGUGGACAAGCUGAACCGUGAACCCGAACGGCUGGCGGAGGAGCGGGCCCAGAUCCUUCAGCAGACUCAAGAAUUGGCCUUUUGCAAUUAUAAAACCUUUAUUAAAACGGCAGAAUGCACCAAGGAGAUCUACCGGGACUUCGGGCUGGUGGAAAAACACGUCUCCUCUGUCCUAGACAAGUUGCCUGCGCUGAGCGAGAAAUGCAAGCAGUUCAUCAAGGAGACAGAGGAAACUGGCGCCAGCAGAAGGAUGAACAGUCUGACCCUUAAUCGCCACACUGAGAUCCUCGAAAUCCUGGAGAUACCGCAGCUCAUGGACACCUGCGUUAGGAACUGCUACUACGAGGAAGCUCUUGAGUUAGCCUCCUACGUGAAGAGAUUGGAGAAGAAAUACUCUUCUAUACCCGUCAUACAGGGAAUAGUGAAUGAAGUCCGUUCCUCUGCACAGUUGAUGUUAAACCAACUCAUCCAGCAGCUACGCACCAAUAUCCAACUGCCAGCUUGCCUCCGAAUCAUAGGCUAUUUGAGGAGAAUGGAUGUUUUCACUGAAGCAGAAUUAAGAAUAAAGUUUCUUCAAGCACGAGAUGCCUGGUUGAAAUCCAUGCUUGGCUCCAUAUCAGAUAGUGAUCCUUAUUUCCACAUAACUAAGACAAUUGAAGCUUGCCGAGUUCAUCUGUUUGACAUCAUCACUCAGUAUCGUGCCAUUUUCUCAGAUGAAGAUCCAUUGCUACUUUCCAGCAAUCACACUGUGAAUGAAAGUGCCAUUUUCCAUGGCUGGGUAGUGCAAAAGGUUUCUGAGUUCCUAGGAACCCUGGAAUUGGACCUUCAGAAAGGAGUUGGUAGCCGCUUAGAUUCAUUGCUAGGUCAAUGUAUGUACUUUGGACUUUCUUUCAGUCGAGUCGGAGCAGAUUUUCGUGGGCAGCUUGCCCCUAUGUUUCAGAAAGUUGCUAUGAAUACUUUUGAGAAAGCAGUUCAAGAAGCUGUGGAGAAGUUUCAAGAAGACAUGAAUUUGUAUACCUUAAUUUCUCCCCCAUCAAUGUUGGGGAGUACUAUCCCUAUGACUCUGCCAACUGAGCAGCCUGGAACUCUGCAGCCUCCAAUGGUACUUCUAGAUUUCCCUCCACUGGCAUGUUUUCUAAAUAACAAUUUGGCGGCUUUUAAUGAUCUUCGACUCUGCUGUCCCCUGGCACUUGCACAGGAAGUAGCGAUGUGCUUGGAAGAUGCUCUUGUGAAGGUUACAAAGCUAAUUCUUGCUUUUCACCGAGCUGAGGAAACUGCUUUCAGUGUGAAAGAGCAGGAACUGUUUGUCCAGUUCUGUGUUACAUUCACCGAAGAUCUGGUUCCCUACUUGAAUCGAUGUUUACAAGUGCUUUUUCCACCAGCACAACUAGCACAGAUACUUGGUGUUCCUCCCACUCAGAUUCAUAAAUAUGGCUCCAUUGGUUCCAUUAAUAAAGGCGUUAUACUAGAACUGCUUGAUUUUAUCCUCCCCAAGAAAGAAAUUAUAAUUCCACCCAAGAACAGUCUGGAUGUUGAACUGGAACAUAUCCUGUCAGUGGAAACCACUUUGCACAGUCCGGGAUUAGAAACAAAAACUGAGAUGCUGAGUGAACAAUAUUCUCCAGUGUCUUCUGCUGUGUUGAGUGGUGGAACAGAAGAAGUCAAGCCAGCUAUGCCUGAUGUAGAUGGCCAAAGAGCAGAAGGUAUUUCACAGUCUUUGGCGUAGGCCUAUUUAAGUUAGAAACUGAGACUGUAUACAUCUGUGAUUGGGAUCUGGGAACACUGGACUGGGAGUAUUUGGUUAUUAAAUGUUUAAACAAAAGGGAAAUAAAAGAUCUUGAUAGUCAAGGUGAGUUAAGAACCAAUAUUUUUCCAACAGAUUGUAAACUUUUAAUAAUAUUAACAGUUGAUAAAUUUUCUUAAGUUAUGAAAUCAGACAUUUGUAUAUCGAAGUCUUAAAUCAUCUAUUGAGAAUUUCUGAUGUAAACAAUUGUAUAAAUAAAAACUGAGAAACCAAUGAUUGAAUGUCGGUUUAAAACUAAGUUGGUCUGUAAUAUGUGGAUAAAUUAAUUGGCUACUAAAUUACUGUCAUGUGUUUGUAAGUAGCAGAUUCAAGUAGAGUUGAUGGGAAUGUGGGGAGAAUGAAAUGGAAUUAUUGUGGGAACAGGGACUUGAUUAUUGCAGGCUUGUUGAACUGAAAGGGUUGUUUUCUGUGUGCUGAAUCACCCCAUGACUGGACUUCAUCUUGGAGUACAAAUGGGCAGUUUCCAACGAUCAGCUGAACAGUUUCCAUUUUUUGAUAUAUAUUUGCACACGCUUGCGCAAGUUGCGGAGCUGAAAGCCAUCAGGUCUCUGCUGAAAGCAUUUUAGCUGAAAUUUCAUGUACUCGUUUUAAUUUAUUUGGGGCCUUUUUUGAAGUCCUGUUCUCAGAAUGUUCAUCAGCUCUAAUACUAAUGAUAGAAUAACCAAUAAGCAUUCUAACACUACUACUAGGUCUUAAUGUUUGUGUUCCAAUUUUACUCUAGAAAUGUGAAAUCACUUGUUUGGGAGAAGAUAAUGAAUUUAACAAAAAGGAUUAAUGAAUUUAUGUUAAGUCUGAUCUAGGUGAGCAACCAGUGUGGCGUUGCAUCUUUUUAACAAUUCAUUUUGGGAACUGAUGGUUUACAGAACUUGUAUGGAGUUGUUCUGAAAGCAUUCAGGUGGCGGAAAUUCUGAAAAUAAAACUUGUACUAAUGGCUAUGAAAUAUUUAUUAUGGGCAAGUGUGGUGUUAUAUAUUGCAAUGUUGACAUGGGAAACUUAAAAUUAUUCUUAAAAUUCCCAAAGCAUUCUUUCACUCUAAAUACAAGACAGGUGUUUUA